AUGGCUCCUCACUCUGCCAUUCAUAGCUGUCUGGUUUUGUGCCUGCUUCUUGUUGCUCCUCAACUUGGCAGCUCUUACAAAACUACUAGCUACUACACCCAUGGUGGAAGCAGGCAUGUGGUUCUUCGAGAUGGCGCGCUAUCUGUAACGCACCGACUGAGUCCCUGCUCAGGCGCUGAUGCGGACCAAAGCAUGCCCACGAUCAGCGACACCUUCAACAGGGACGCGCUCCGUCUACGUGCUCUCUCUGGUUCUUGGUCUAAUAAGCACUCUGAUCUGACGAUCCCCUCGACCGGCACUCCCCUUGUGGCAUUGCCGGGUGGAUCCGAGUACCAUGUCACCGUCGGCUAUGGCACUCCCGUGCAGAAACUCACGGUGGGGUUCGACACGGCCACUGCAGGAGCCACAUUUCUCCAGUGCAAGCCGUGCGCCGCCGGAGCCCCAUGCGGAAAGGCCUUCGACCCGUCCAGAUCGUCUUCCCUCGCACAGAUCCCAUGCAGCUCUCACGACUGCCCGUUCAAAGCAUGCUCCGGCCCAACCUGCACGAUCGCCGUGACAAAGAAGGGCGCCGUCUUGGUGAACGCCACCUUCGUCACGGACACGCUCACGGUGGCGCCAUCGAUUCCGGUGAACGACAUCAGGGUCGCCUGCCUCGAGAUGGGCGCUAGAACGACCGACAGCUCGUCCGGGGUGAUUGACCUCAGCCGGGAGAGCCACUCUUUGGCAUCACGCGUCGUUCUGUCACCGGAGACGGUCGCCUUCUCCUACUGCCUGCCGUGGGACCCUGCCACCCAGGGCUUCCUCACCUUCGGCGCCGUCCGCCCAGAGCGCGCCGGCCGCGGCGUGACCUACGCCAAGCUACAGAGAAACGCUGGCCGUCCGAACCUGUACUUCGUCAAGCUCGUCGGCUUAAGCAUCGGUGGCAUCGACCUGCCAGUUCCCGCCGCCGCGAUCGCCGCCGACGCGCUGGUCGAGGUGCACACCACCUUCACCUACCUGAAGCCGGACGUGUACGCAGUUCUUCGAAGCAAUUUCAGGUGGUGGAUGAAGGAGUAUGUCGUGGCGCCAUCGUCCGGCGAGCUCGACACCUGCUACGACUUCACGCACCUCAACGCCAUCGAGGUGCCGAUCAUCACGCUCAGGUUCGAGGGCGGGGCGAGCCUGGAGCUCGGCAUCGAGCAGAUGAUGUACUUCAAGGACCGCCGCAACAUCUUCUCCGUGGCGUGCCUCGCUUUCGCUCCGGCGCCGGCCUACGCACCGGCUGCUGCGGUUAUUGGGUCACUGGCGCAGUCGGAGACGGAGGUGGUCUAUGACGUGCUGGGAGGCAAGCUUGGGCUCGUCCCAAAUCGCUGCUGA